AUGUGGGACGAGUGGGUGGAGGAUGCGAUGGGGAGAUUGGCGGCCCUGAAGGUUGUCCGCGUCGCGAAGCCCAUCUCUCUGCCCUUCCCAAUCGAUGAGCUGGACGCCGCCGGUGGGAAGCUCGAGAACUUUGCGGAUGGCCCGCGGCCGGAGGACCGUUCAGCCGUGGAAGUGGAGAUGGAUGAGUUCACCUAUAAGAUGUGGGCCUGUGGGGAUACGGUGUCAGGUUAGCUCCCAACUAGUGUCGUGGCCCUGAUCUUUCUUCGGAGGACGUUGAAGGAGGAAGGGGGAGGAUAAUGCUUUCUAGAAAUAUUCUCCAAGGCUGGUUUGUCAUCGUUUAUCUUCCUUUGUUUGAUCGAGCUCUUUUCAGGCGACGAGGUCGCCCUCAAGGAAGAAAAGCCGUUCAGGAAGUUGCUCUUGUUCUCUGGGAACGAUUACUUGGGUCUCGGCACUCAUCCAACGGUGAGAAGUGCCGCUAUAAAGGUAUUUGCUCGAGACGUUCCUACUGUUUUGAGUUUUGUAGUGUAAAACUUGAAUAUCUUCUUUACUAUUUCCAUUUGGAGUUACUUCUCAGGCAUCUCAAGAACAUGGGAUGGGUCCGAGAGGUUCCGCGUUGAUCUGUGGCUAUACAAAUUACCAUAAGCUCCUAGAAGAUUCACUUGCAAGUUUGAAGAAGAAGGAGGUGAUUCGAAUUUAUCCAUAAAUGAAGCUCUGAAACGUCCAUGUUAGUUUCCUGGAGGACGUUUUCUUCUUUUCUGUUGUCGAUAGGUUGUCUGAAGGGAAGCAAUGCGUAAAUUAAAAGGUGGUAAUAUAGUUUCAGAAAUACCGGGAAGGAAAAUCUGUCAUCAGCAAUCACUAUGAAGUUCAUAUCAACCUGAUAUUUCUAACAAUUAUUUAUAUCAGAAUGUCAUGACAUACCGGGGACAGAAAACUCAUUUAUGAACUAAUCUGAAAUAUCUAAUCUAUAGCAACGUGCACAUACAUAAUGCAUUCAUCCAAAUUAUUUUUCUGUUGUCAUACCUCUUGCUGAUGAUUCAUCCACUCUACUGAAGUGGCUGAAAAAUUUUGCGACUCUGUAGACAUAUGACAACCUCAGGAGAUUUAUUAUGCCAGGGUUGGAUAGCAAUGAAGAGUUUCAAAGAUUGGUUUUUAACAGUUCUUCGAGUGAGUCGGAAAAGUUGCCUAUUAGUUAACAUAGCAUACCGUUAUACUACAAACUUAAAUGACAAGACCGAAGGUAUUUUUAAACCCAUUAAAAAACAUACUGAACAAGUGGAAAGGUAGAUGCAAUGGAGCAGGUGGCUGGAACAGUCUUCUGUGUUGUGUUUUCUAUGACUCCUAAUCUAAUGUCCUAUGUUCCAGGCGCAAUAAGAUUGAGCGAAUUAGAGGAUUUCUUUGUGUGGAGCAAAGGUUUCUGUGGAAAUGUUAUUUCACGAUGGAGUAAGCCUAACUUUGCAAAACCAGGGUAGAGGGUGGAUUCAGUGAUAAGGACCCUAUAAGGUUUAACACGCAUCAGAUGGGAAGUGACUGUGGUAGCUUUUGGAUGGUCACAUAAUAUCUGAAUUUGGAUCAUCUAAUGUCGUGUCUAACCGGUGAGCGGAAGUGUCUUUCUCCUUAAUGAUAUGUAUGUCCACAGCUGUUGGCGUGUGUGUAAACAUCCCAUGAUUGUGGUUGGAGAUAUAAAGGAUCGGUUUUAAGGCCUUUUUUUUUGGAAAUAACAUAAAUAUAGCUAUUGUCCAUAACAUGACAAGUGGUUGCACAUCCCUCAGUUCACCUCUGGUUCAUUCCAAGGAAUGGAGCCACCAUUGGCCACAUCAGCAUGCUUCAUCUCACCUGAAGAGACAAUACCUACUGUGUUGUAUCGCUCUAAACGAGAUUUUUCAAUAAUAAGGUCGUGGAGUUAUGGUCCAUGAUUCCCUGGAUGUAAAAAGUAAAGAGCGGAACAGUUCUCAAAUAAAGGAAAAAUUGCUCCUUGCUCAAAGACAGAAACCAUGACUGUUUUGAAUGAUUUUCAUCGAGGGUUUGCCAUUUAAUGAUCAAUGAGUCAGACAAUGACACUGUAGCAUGCUGGGAAACUAUGGUAAUGUUGUCUGUUAAUUCAUUAAAGAGGACCUCAACUUUGUGAGACGGAAUGCCGCGUUGAAAGGAAAAAAGUGCGUCUAAAGUUGGAUACCUUCUCUGGUUUAGCUAACCUGGGUGAACGAAAUUAGAGAAGGACAUAACUUGGCAGAACACGGUGUGGGGUUCAGAUUCGAUAGUGUGUUAAUUUUCAGUCAUCCAAUCACAUAUGUUGCAGGAGAAAGAUCCCAAUACAUUUUUUGAAGUGCUUUUGUACAAUGAUCAUGCUAGACGUUACUACAAUGAACGAGAAAAGGAAUUCGAAAGAGAUGGCCCUCUUCUUGUUGGGUAAUUUGAUUUCUGAUCAAUCGCUAUUAUAUUGUCAUUUCUGCUUUCGUGUUCUUCUCUAUGAGGGUGUCUUGUUGUUUGGAUUUUUCCUCUUCUCUCUUUAUAAUGUGUGAACCUGCUUCAUAGUUACAUGCACAAUCUUUUAAGCAUUCCUUAAAACAUUUUUUUUUUCCUCCAGAGCUGUGUCAUAUGCCCAACAGGUUUCGCUGCCAACAUGGCUUUCAUAUCGGCUCUAGGAAGCAUAAGUUCAAUCUUAGCUGUUGGUAGAAAACCGUCCAAAGGGGAAAAGAUUGCCAUAUUUUCUGAUGCUUUGAACCAUGCAUCUAUAAUUGAUGGUAUCCAUCUUGCUGAGAGGAGACAAGAAGUCGAGGUCUUUAUAUACAGACACUGUGAUAUGGCUCAUCUUGAUGCUCUGCUGUAGGUUUUCUUAUUAAAACUUACUUUAGGUUUUUAUCUCAAAUAUCUUAUCGACAAUCUUAAAUCAACAGAUCGCAUUGCACAAUGGAGAAGAAAGUUGUCAUCACUGAUAGGUAAAAACACGUCUCUGACAAGUGCAUUGAUUUCUGGUAGAUUUGUAUAUUCACUCUGGUUGCAGGGUUGGUCUGUUGAUCGUUAUGAUUACAGAUGUUGGGGAUCUGAAUUUUUCUCUUGAUAUUCAGAAGCAAAUGCAUCUUUAAUUAAUGUUUUUGGACUCUGUUAUUAGUCAUCUUCUAAGUGCGGUCUUGCAUAUUUUCAUGUAGUUUGUUUAGUAUGGAUGGAGAUUUCGCUCCUAUGGUACAGCUUGUUAGGCUCCGCAAGAAGCACAACUUUUUGUUUGCCAUUGAUGAUGUAGGUGCGGUGAAGUUUCUCAAUGUUCUUUAAAGUUCCAAGAUAGUUGUCUAAUGAUGAAGGAUUCGCCUGUUCUUCUCUCAGGCACAUGGCACAUUUGUUUGUGGAAAUAGUGGUGGUGGUGUUGCAGAGCUAUAUGAUUGUGAAGACGAUGUGGACAUUUGUACCGGAACCCUGAGCAAGGCAGCAGGCUGCCAAGGAGGAUUUGUUGCUUGCAGGUGACAGUAUGCAGUCAAUGUUCUCAAGCUCUCUUUUUUAUCUUUCUUCAGUGAAAGAGUGGAAAAUUCUAUUCUGAGGAAAUGCUAUAUGUGAUGUACAACUGUAUUCAUAGUCUCUGUAUCUCCAUGCAUAUUGUGUAUCCCUAUUAUCAUCAUUGGAUAUUUCUCUAUUAUUUCAAUUAUUUUUAAAGGAAUGCAAAUUCUUGGUUGCAACACCCUUGUGAGCUCCCAGGUACCUUGUUGGGGUUUAGCGACAAUCAUCAGCUUUCCGCUGUAAGAAAUGUUUUCCAUGAUGGGACACGAAUAUUUUUUCGAUUCCCAGAUACAAUUAAAAAUCAAUAGGAAAGACGCAAGCCAUGUUUCAGGCUGAAUGACCGAACUCAAGCUGCAAAAACGCGAAAGUAUGGAAAGUUUGUCGGAAAUAAAACUGAUUUUAUUUCAAAUUCACACAGCCCAUCCCUACAGAUGGUUUAAAGAGAGAUCAAGGAAAAAAAUGGUUGAAGAAAAUGACUUGCCCCACAAUUAGUGAUAUGAUACGAUUGUUCAUUUUUUUCUGAUUAGAUAUGCUCGGUUUGCUCGUUUCAGGAGCUAUUGCCAUUAAGUUUAUCAUAAGAUCCCGAUUUCCAUAGAAUGUUGUCUUUCGGGUGUAUUACAGAAUUUCCCUCCUGGCCUUGACAUUUAUGCUGAUAGUCUCAAUGCUAUGUCUUAUGUUCUGACUUCGGCGUUUGAUGAUGAUUACCCCGAAAUUAUCUUUGUUGUCAAUGAAGAUGAUGGGGACAAUCGGAGACUGUCUCUCCUUUGACAUUUUUUGUAUAUAUAUAUAGCUCAAGAGCCUAAAGAAGGGCUGAAAAGGGGCAUAUAUAAAAUAGAAAGAGACAUUACUGGGAAUGUACUAUCCUUUCUCAUUGAUCUUGAACAAAACUGGAUGUUAUAAGCCGGCGGUGACUGGAUGUUAUAAGCCGGCGGUGGAAGCCAUAUUUUUGAAGCAGCAUUCUUGCAGCAAUUUAACGAUGAUAUUUUCUUGGUUUUAGUAGAUGAUUGUAUAUCCUCAUGCUCCGUUUCUCACUGAUGGCUGCUGAACAGCGCAAAAUGGAAACAACUCAUACAGUCACGAGGCCGUUCAUUCAUAUUUUCAACUGCUCCCCCGGUUCCCAUUGUAGCAGCUGCUCAUGGUAAUGGACGAGCCCUGAAUUUUUUGAAUUUUUUGCUAAAUAUACGCACCUUAUGUUAUCUGCCUCAUCGGUCUAGUUUUCUUUUACAUUCGUAACCAUAACCAUCUGGUUGUCAAGAAACAGAAACGAGACCAUCAUCCUCUUAUGAGGCAAGUAAACGAUUUUCAUGAUCCCCGGGAAACCUUCGCAUUUCAUUGCCACAUUGGACACCACAUAGCCAAGCAUUUGGUAGAAGGAUGCAUCCUCCAUGGUUAGGAUCGUUACUGGUUGACAGCCUUCUGUCAGAUGAUCGUCAGCCCCAAGGCUCCAAGAUUCAAAUGGGUUAGUACACUGUAGGUCUCAUCCCUCAUCUGAGUGUGGGCACACCCCUGUGGAGUCGUAUCUUCUCUUAAACAUAUGGCACCUGUCUUUUCCAAGGAUCUCUACUGAAUUUUUUCUGAUUAUUUCUGCCCAUGAACUGGCAGCUGCUAUAAUCGUGGCUGGGAAGGAGAAAUGGCGUAGAAGGGAACUUUGGAGUAGGGUGCAGGAAUUCUCUGCAUUGACUCAACUGCAGGUUACCAGCCCCAUCAUAUCUCUGGUUGUUGGCAGUGAAGAAGCUGCGCUCCAUGCAAGCAGGUUUAUCUGGUUUCUAUUUCAAGAAAUUUUUCUCUUAUUGGCUGAUCAGCUGACUUGUAUUUAUCGUAUGAUGGAUCAGAUAUAUGGUGAAGUGUGGGUUCCAUGUGACUGCGAUCAGACCUCCCACAGUCCCUGCCAAUUCAUGCAGGUUCUUAUUUUAUCCAAAUUAAGAGUACUAUUUCUAGUGUUUGUAAUGCUCAUGGCAGUUAAUCUCUGCUUCCAGGUUGAGGUUGACUUUGUGUGCAGCACACACUUCAGAUGAUAUUAAGAUGCUGGUGGAUGCCUUGUCCCUUUACAUCGAGCUCCCUGCUAAGAAAAGUAGAAGCGUUCAUCUAGGUUCUAGGCUUUAG